AUGAGCUACGCUUUUGACUUUGUAGAGGUGGAUGUUCCCGAACAGGCCGAGGAUACGGUUGGCGAAGAUGAACAAGAGCCUGAGGAAUUUGCGUUCCAGCUUUUUUCCGGCGUUUCGGCCGUUUCUGCGCUUCCAACCGUCAGUUUGAAGGAAGACGAAACUGAAGCGGCCACAGUGGUGCGGCCAGAAUCGUAUUACUUCCAUAGACCUUCCAGCCAGCUAAAGGAACAGUACGAACAGGCUGCGGUAGACUUUGACGCUCUAUAUGCGGAGUUGCAUGCACCUAUAGUGGAUGUGUACCCACGCAAGGUGGUGACGCUACAGGAGUUGAACCGAGACCAUUGUGGUCAUAAGAGGAAGCGGUUGGGUGCCAAGCAGCGGAAAUUGAAGAGCGAGCGGAAAGAGGCGGUGAAAAAGGCACAGAAGUUGGAGAAACUACGUAUGCGUAGAGCCAGGGAAAGGGUAUACAAGAGGGGUUGGCACCGGAGCAAGUAG